CUCCUCCUCCUCCUCCGCUGCUGCUGCCGCCGUCGCCACCAUGCCGAAGCUGAGCAAGGAGGCCAAGCAGCGCCUACAGAACAUCUUCAAAGGCGCCCAGUUCACCAUCCGGUGGGGCUUCAUUCCUGUCGUGCUCUAUCUAGGUUUUAAGAGGGGUGCAGAUCCUGGAAUGCCUGAGCCAACCCUUUUAAGUCUGCUUUGGGGCUGAACAAUUUAACCAAUUGGAAGUGGCUGUUGAAGAUGUGUACAUUCCAGAGGCUGGAAAGGAGACGUGUUAUGACACUGUGCUACUGGCCAGUUGUUUCCUGACUGUAUAGAAUGUAUUUAACAACACAGUGAAAAUUCU